AUGUCUCCCAAGACUCGCUGUUCCCUUGUGUUAUUCAGCAGCGAUGCAGAGCAGUAUUACACACUGUCUGAUGAUGAGAGCAGCUCCUUCCAUUCUCCAGGGGCCAUUGUGAGUCCGGAGCAGUUGAGCAGCCGGUUUGGUUCUGGGGAUGAGGUGGGGGAUUCGGUCUCCCAUAGAGGUGCCCUGGGCACCACCACAGUCCGAAGAAAAAAACCCAAGAGCCGGGCCAGGGUUAAAAGUGAAGCAGCAGCCAGCAAGCAGAGGAGAAGCAGACGGAUAAAGGCAAAUGAUCGUGAGAGGAACCGUAUGCACCACCUGAAUGAUGCCCUGGAUGCUUUGCGGGCGGUGCUGCCCAGUUUCCCAGACGAUGCCAAGUUGACCAAGAUCGAGACGCUUCGCUUUGCCCACAAUUACAUCUGGGCACUGACAGAAACGCUACGGCUGGCAGAACAUGGGCGUGGGCAAUGUGCCAGUGGGAUAGCUGCGUCAGAACUGGGCAGCCCCCAGAGCCUCUACUCACCCUCAUCCCCCGACUGCGAUUCCCCACAAUCCCCCCAGAGAGGGCUUAUGUGCUGCCUGCUGGAGUCCAGUGCCCCCUUCAGUGACUUCAUCUGA